CACUUUUUCUCAGGAUUAAGGUCAGAAGAGACAGGGGCCGCGCAGGCGCAGUUGCGGGCCAGGUUCCCAAGAUGUCGUUCCCUAAGUAUAAGCCGUCGCGCCUGGCCACCUUGCCCCCUACCCUCGACCCAGCUGAAUACGACAUAUCUCCGGAAACCCGGAAGGCACAAGCCGAGCGGUUGGCCAUAAGGGCCCGGCUGAAAAGGGAGUAUCAGCUUCAGUACAACGACCCCAGCCGCCGGGUGCUCAUCGAAGAUCCUGCUUUGGCUCGUUGGACCUACGCAAGAUCGGCAAAUGUCUAUCCCAAUUUCAGACCCACUCCCAAGAACUCACUCUUAGGAACUGUGAUUGGAGUUGGGCCCCUCGUCUUCUGGUAUUACGUUUUUAAAACUGACAGAGAUAGGAAAGAAAAACAAAUCCAGGAAGGAAAAUUGGAUCGAAAAUUUAACAUCUCUUAUUAAGUCUGACAUGAUCACUAUAUGUGUUAUUGUUUAAUAAAUCUAUUAAUCAUUAA